AUGUCCAAAAUGAAAGCCAGAAAAAAUCUCCCAGUGCAUAUAGUGGAGCCACAUAAUGAUGCUGUUCCGUUUUUACACUGGGCAAUUGCGUCACGAUUACUUCCAUAUUCAGGCAUUCCUGUGGUACACUUUGACUCACACCCUGACUUGCUGAUACCCAUCAACUUGCAGGCGGAUGUUGUCUUUAAGCCGCAGCUACUUUAUGAGUCUAUUAGUAUUGAAAACUGGUUGUUGCCAUUAACUUACGCUAAACAUUUGAACCAAAUUGUUUGUGUGAAGCCACCAUGGCGUCAGCAGAUCAAGACACCAGAACAUACAUUUUCUAUCGGUAAAUGCACAGCUACUGGAAAGUUAAGGCUUGUUUUGUCCAGCUCAAGACUUGCUGAUGCAGGCAGUGUCAAACUGACAGUUAUAGAGCUCUUGCCUGACAAACAUGAUGAGAAGGAGGCUUUGAGGAGACUCUAUCACUAUUCUACAGUCACAAAUUUCUCUGAUGAGAAUAUUGGAGACACAGAUAAACCAGCUGGAGAAUGUUGUUUUGUUUCUCACCUGGAAACUAAGUGGUUUGGACUAAAGCUAUCUGUUACAGAGUGGAAGCCACAGUCAUGCUCUUCACUUGCUGAUUUUACAGGACAAAAUCUGGAGGAAUUCUUAUUUCUGGAUUCUCAUCAGCAGGCUGACCUUAACCUCUUGUGUAGAAGUUGUCUUGAACACAGAGAAGAAAAGAAUGUAACAUUUAUAAUGCUUCACUACUUUGGGUGCACACUGGAUGAUACUGAACUUCCCCAUCAUAUCAGCACAUUAGAACAAGUUCGGGCUCUUCAGACUUCUUUCAAGAAUCUGUUAGAACAUCUUCCUAAACCAACUAUUGUAACUAUUGCCAGGUCAAGCGAUGAUGGAUACUGUCCUAAAGAUGUUGUAGACCAAUACCGGAUAGAUAUUCUUAACAUUUUAGAGGAAUUGUACGGGCCUGUGCAGAUAAAUAAACACUAUGAAUAG